AUGCCUUUCACCGAAAAUGUGUUAACAAUUACACAAACUGCUAAGUUUGCCAAAGCGAAACAGGCUCUCCUGCCCAACAGAAAGAAAACACAGUUGACGGGAAUAGAGCCUAUAUCAGAGGUUGAGAACAAGGGUGCACAAAAGCGAAGUGAGCAAGGGAUCAAGAUGAAAAAAUCCGUAGACAACGAAAGUGAGCCGGAUUACAAGACUGAAGAACCAAAUUACAAAUUAGCUUUGCGUUCCAAGGUAUCACAAGAACAAAGAGGAAUUCUGUUUAAGCGCUUCAAGGAGCGAGUCGCUGAAAUGCAAAACGAGAAGUCACUCCAAGAAGAAAUCCGAGAUAUACAGGAAAAUGCAAAAUAUCUUCCCGGCUUUACUUGCAAGCUGACCUCAUUUAACCGUAAAUUCGAGGAAAUACUAAUAGUUAUCGGUAGAUUAAGCGCAGCGAAGAUGAAAUCGAGCGGAUCAAGACCUACAUCGCUGAUGCGAUCUCGAGGCUUUCAAAGGCACAGGUCGCAUACUUCAAAGUACUAG